UUGGAAGAUGGUGUCAUCCGCUCCAACUCGACACCGGUAGGGGCGCUACCACUCUCUGGCCCGGAGGGGAAAGUCCUCUCCGGAUAUGACAGCACGUUGACCCGGAAAAGGAGGCGAUCGGGGCAGUGGGACCUCCGCGGGCGGCUAUGGAAGGAUCCGGAUUCAGGGUGGUGUUUGAGAAGGGAGGGGUGUACCUGCACACCAGCGCCCGGAAGCACCAGGACGCAGACUCCCUAAUCGCUGGCGUCAUCCGUGUUGUGGAGAAGGACAGCGACGUCCUCCUGCACUGGGCUCCCGUGGAGGAGGCUGGAGACCCCACCCAGAUACUCUUCUCCAAGAAGGACCCUAGCAGGGGAGAGCCCAGCACCUCUGAAGAGGAACCCACCUUUGACCCUGGCUUUGAACCUGACUGGGCUGUUAUCAGUACAGUGCGCCCCAGGUUCCACCACUCAGAGCCCAGGAGAGGUGCAGAGCCCAGCUCCCCCAGGGGCUCCUGGGCCUUUUCUGUGAGCCUGGGGGAGCUCAAGUCCAUCCGCCGGUCCAAGCCAGGCCUCAGCUGGGCCUACCUUGUCCUGGUGACCCAGGCCGGAGGCUCUCUGCCGGCUCUGCAUUUCCACCGCGGGGGCACCCGAGCCUUACUCCGUGUCCUCAGCCGCUACCUGCUGCUCGCCAGCUCCCCGCAGGACUCCCGCCUCUACCUUGUCUUCCCCCAUGACUCCUCUGCCCUCUCCAAUUCCUUCCACCACCUGCAGCUCUUUGACCAGGACAGCUCCAACGUGGUAUCUCGCUUCCUCCAGGACCCCUAUUCCACCACCUUCAGCAGCUUCUCCCGAGUGACCAACUUCUUCCGGGGAGCUCUACAGCCCCACCCUGAGGGCGCCUCCCUGGACCUCCCCCAGUUGCCUGAUGAUGAGCCUGAGCCUGGCUUUGAGGUCAUCUCUUGUGUGGAGUUGGGGCCACGGCCCACAGUGGAGCGGGCUCCUCCAGUCACAGAGGAGGAGUGGACCCACCAUGUGGGUCCUGAGGGCCGCCUGCAGCAGGUCCCCGAGUUGAAAAGCAGGAUCUUCUCUGGGGGUCUCAGCCCCGGCCUGCGGCGUGAGGCCUGGAAGUUCCUCCUGGGCUACCUCAGCUGGGAGGGCUCGUCUGAGGAGCACAAAGCCCACGUGCGCAAGAAAACGGAUGAGUACUUCCGCAUGAAGCUACAGUGGAAAUCUGUGAGCCCCGAGCAGGAGCGAAGGAACUCACUGCUGCACGGAUACCGCAGCCUCAUUGAGAGAGACGUAAGCCGCACUGACAGGACCAACAAAUUCUACGAGGGCCCCGAGAACCCAGGGCUGGGCCUGCUCACUGACAUCCUCCUCACCUACUGCAUGUACCACUUUGACUUGGGCUAUGUUCAGGGCAUGAGUGACCUCCUGUCCCCGAUCCUCUUCGUGGUGCAGAAUGAGGUGGACGCCUUCUGGUGUUUCUGUGGCUUCAUGGAGCUUGUGCAUGGGAACUUUGAGGAGAGCCAGGAGACUAUGAAGCGGCAGCUUGGGCAACUCUUGCUGCUCCUGCGGGUGCUGGACCAGCCACUCUGCGACUUCCUGGACUCGCAGGACUCGGGCUCUCUCUGUUUCUGCUUCCGAUGGCUGCUCAUCUGGUUCAAGAGGGAGUUCCCCUUCCCAGAUGUCCUGAGGCUGUGGGAGGUGCUCUGGACGGGUCUCCCUGGCCCCAAUCUGCACCUUCUGGUGGCCUGUGCCAUCCUGGACAUGGAGCGGGACACGCUUAUGCUGUCUGGCUUUGGUUCCAAUGAGAUCCUUAAGCACAUCAACGAACUGACCAUGAAGCUGAGCGUGGAGGACGUGCUGAUGCGGGCCGAGGCCCUGUACCGGCAGCUGACUGCCUGCCCGGAGCUGCCCCACAACGUGCAGGAGGUGCUGGGGCUAGUAAGGCCCGCAGAGCCCGGCAGCCCCUCGCCGCCCGUGUCCCCAAUGUCGCUGUCGCCCACUCGGGCCCCGCCACCCGCGGAUGCUCCGCAGCCCGACAGCAGCCUGGAGAUCCUGCCAGAGGAGGAGGACGGUCCCGACGCCUAGUCCCGCUCUGGGCGCCCGGCUUUAGCCGAGCCCUUGAUGGCCAGCGGGGUGCAAGAGGGAGGGCGCCCCGCGUUGGGAGGCGCGUCGGUGUGCCGAGCACGGACUGCUGGGAGCCGCCCCGCUGCUGCUAAAGGAAAUAAACGGCUGUUGUGUAGCCCACU